UACAUAAGUAAAUAGUAUUGUAUUUGAAUAGAUGUAUCAUGUACGAGUUUGAUAAACUAUGUAAAUAAUAUACUUCACCACCCACUUUCAAGCUUGUAAAAAAUAAAAACGUCAUUUCAAGCCAUUUGUUGUCAUUAAUAUCGGUCAACGCAUCAAAGAUCGUAUAGGUGAUCACUAAAGUAGCGUUUACCAUUUUGUAGAAAAAGAUGACGUCUACACAUCCAAACAAAAUUUCGUUUUCUAAAUACCAUGGACACGGGAACGACUUCAUAGUAUUGGACGAUACACAGGAAGAACUACAGCUUUCUAGAGAGAUACGACAUUUAAUGUGUAAUCGGAAGUACGGAAUUGGUGCUGAUGGCCUAGUUAUUCUUAAGAAAAGUGUCGACCACUCCUUUGUUAUUGAUUAUUACAAUGCUGAUGGAAACCCUGGUUCUCUUUGCGGUAAUGGCAGUCGUUGUGGUGUAGCUUUUGCCCGGAAAUUAGGAUUGUUCGAUACCGUCUGUGAUUUCGUUGCAUGUGAUGGUUUACAUAUUGCAAGAUACAUUCAGGACAAUGAUACCUAUGCAGUAAGCUUUGGCAAUAGAUACUUCCAUGAUAUCGAAACAAUAGAUGACCAAAACUUUUUUGUUAAUACUGGAUCGCCUCAUCACGUGCGAUAUGUUAAUGAUUUAAACAAUUAUGACGUCAUCAAUGAAGGAAAAAAGCUUCGUUACGGAAAAUAUGCUGAUACGAAUGGUUCAAAUGUUAAUUUUGUUGAAAAGAAAUCUGACGGAAAUAUUUUCGUUAGGACGUAUGAGAGGGGUGUUGAUGGUGAAACCGAGGCUUGUGGUACUGGAGCAGUUGCUUCUGCCUUGGUUACGAAGUUUCGCAAUUUACAAGAUGGAGGUAAGGACACGUACAAGAAACUAAAAACAUCAUGUGAUAUUCAUAUGGCAGGAGGGAAAUUAAUUGUGGUUUUUGACAUUACCGAAAAUUCGUUCACCAACAUUGAAUUAAUUGGAAGUGCAUGUCAUGUGUUUAAUGGGAUUUAUUAUUUCAAUACAGAAUAGGAAAGUGUAUAAUUUUAGACGCCCUUAUUCUCAAUGAUUGAUGCAUAUGAAAAAAAUGAUACCUCAGGCAUAUAUCCUAACCCAAUAACAGAACAACUCAAAACUAAAAAGAUACAAUUUACUCCGAUACUUUGAU